ACAGCGCUCCGCCGCAGAACAACAGCCGACGCGCAGAGACGCAUCACUGAUUUCUGCUGCCAGGCUUCAUGUAGCAUGCGACUCUCCUGCUCUGCCUGUCUGCAGUCUGACUUAACAGGGGGAAUUAAGAGAAAGGCUGCAUUGAAUGCCUCUUCUCUCAGAUGCCAUCGCCUAAAUGAACCGGACACCAUGAACAGAUCGCCGCAGUGUGUGAAUUUCGUACCUGGGAUUUUUUUUUUAGUCUAAAACUGCCACACUGGACAUUGCUUUCAUUCUUAACAAGCGAAUAGCUCAAACAAGAGCCUCCGGCAGCACUAAGAAGGGAGGACACUGGGGCUCUCCGUGCGCUCUUCUGUUCAUCCACACGAUGCGUCUGCUUCUGCUGGCCGCGUUAUUCUCCUGCUCCUGCGUGCGGGGCGGCUGCGAGCCCAAGAUUGUGAACAUCGGGGCCGUCCUGAGCCAGAAGAGAUACGAGCAGGUGUUCAAGGAUGCGGUCACUCAGGCGAACCAGGUGUACGGAAGGGAUAAAUUCAAGUUGACCGCCAUCUCUGUCACUCACAAAGCUAAUGCGAUUCAGAUGGCGCUGUCUGUGUGUGAGGAUCUCAUUUCCAGUCAGGUGUACGCCAUCCUGGUGAGCCAUCCACCACAGUCCAAUGACCAUCUGACGCCCACUCCGGUCUCCUAUACUGCAGGGUUUUACCGAAUACCUGUAGUAGGGCUUACCACCAGGAUGUCCAUUUACUCAGACAAGAGCAUCCAUCUCUCAUUCCUCCGCACAGUGCCACCCUAUUCCCACCAGGCACAUGUGUGGUUUGACAUGAUGCGCGAGUUCCGCUGGAAUCACAUCAUUCUAAUCGUCAGCGACGACCAUGAAGGCAGAGCGGCACAGAAAAGACUAGAAACUCUUCUGGAGGAGAGAGAGACCAAGAAUAAAAAAAGGAACUAUGAAAACCAAGACCAACUGUCCUAUGACAACAAGAGAGGACCUAAGGCCGAGAAAGUGCUUCAAUUCAACCAAGAGACUAACUUAACUGCCCUGCUCCUGGAGGCCAAAGAGCUGGAGGCCCGAGUGAUCAUUCUCUCCGCCAGCGAGGAAGAUGCAGCCGCCGUGUACAAAACAGCACGCUUCCUCAACAUGACAGGCUCAGGCUAUGUAUGGCUGGUCGGGGAGCGUGAGAUGUCCGGUAAAGCUUUGAGCGAGGCCCCUGAUGGGCUGAUUGGCCUCCAGCUCAUCAAUGGCAAGAAUGAGUCGGCACACAUCAGCGAUGCUGUUGCUGUCGUAGCACAGUCCAUCCAAGAGCUGUUUGAGAAAGAGAACAUCACAGAACCUCCAAGGGGCUGCGUGGGCAAUACCAACAUCUGGAAAACCGGGCCACUUUUUAAAAGGGUACUGAUGUCGUCCAAGUACCCAGAGGGCCUAACUGGACGUGUUGAGUUCAAUGAUGACGGUGACAGAAAAUACGCUCAUUACAGCAUUCUCAACUACCAGAAGAGCAGAUUGAUUCAAGUUGGCAUUUACAAUGGAACACAAGUGGUGAUGAAUAAACAGAGGAAGAUUAUUUGGCCUGGAGGUGAAACCGAAAGACCGAGAGGAUUCCAGAUGUCUACUCGAUUAAAGAUAGUGACCAUUCAUCAGGAACCCUUUGUGUAUGUGAAGCCAACUACGCUGGAGGGGACCUGCAAGGAAGAGUACACACCUAAUGGAGUCUUAAUUAAAAAGGUGAUCUGCACUGGACCAAAUGAGACCAUCCCAGGACGCCCAAUUGUUCCCCAGUGUUGCUACGGAUUUUGUGUUGACCUUCUGAUCAAAUUAGCAAUGACCAUGAACUUCACCUAUGAAGUACACCUGGUGGCUGAUGGGAAAUUUGGAACACAAGAAAGAGUAAAUAACAGUAACAAGAAGGAAUGGAACGGUAUGAUGGGCGAGCUCCUGGGUGGCCUUGCUGAUAUGAUCGUUGCACCCUUGACGAUCAACAACGAACGAGCCCAGUACAUAGAAUUCUCCAAGCCUUUCAAAUACCAGGGACUGACUAUCCUUGUUAAAAAGGAAAUUCCUCGCAGUACACUGGACUCAUUCAUGCAGCCAUUCCAGAGCACACUGUGGCUACUGGUGGGUCUAUCGGUGCAUGUGGUGGCGGUGAUGCUUUACCUACUAGACCGGUUCAGCCCAUUUGGAAGGUUUAAAGUAAACAGUGAAGAAGAAGAGGAGGAUGCCCUCACCUUAUCUUCAGCUAUGUGGUUUUCCUGGGGCGUUUUGUUGAACUCUGGAAUUGGAGAAGGUGCCCCACGUAGUUUUUCAGCGAGAAUAUUGGGAAUGGUGUGGGCUGGCUUUGCUAUGAUUAUAGUAGCAUCCUAUACUGCUAACCUGGCUGCCUUCCUGGUGUUGGACCGGCCUGAGGAGCGCAUCACCGGCAUCAAUGACCCAAGGCUAAGGAACCCAUCAGACAAGUUCAUCUAUGCCACAGUGAAGCAAAGUUCGGUGGAUAUUUACUUCCGGCGACAAGUUGAGCUGAGCACCAUGUACCGCCACAUGGAGAAGCACAACUACGAAAGCGCCGCUGAAGCCAUCCAGGCUGUUCGGGACAACAAGCUGCAUGCUUUCAUCUGGGACUCUGCGGUGCUGGAGUUUGAAGCCUCGCAGAAGUGCGACCUGGUGACCACGGGAGAGCUGUUUUUCCGUUCGGGCUUUGGCAUAGGCAUGCGCAAGGACAGCCCCUGGAAACAGAAUGUGUCCCUGGCUAUUCUCAGUUCCCAUGAGAAUGGCUUCAUGGAGGACCUAGAUAAAACCUGGGUGAGAUACCAGGAGUGUGACUCAAGGAGCAAUGCCCCAGCCACACUCACCUUUGAGAAUAUGGCAGGUGUCUUCAUGCUAGUUGCUGGAGGCAUUGCAGCAGGGAUCUUCCUCAUCUUCAUCGAGAUUGCAUAUAAGCGCCAUAAAGACGCCCGCAGGAAGCAGAUGCAGCUAGCCUUUGCGGCCGUCAAUGUUUGGAGGAAGAACCUACAGGACAAUAAGGAGAGCUCAGAGAGUCAAGCUGUGGGUGCGGCUGGGACUCCAUCUUUACCCUCUUCCUCUGUAGAGACUCAGGAUGAUAGGAAAAGUGGUAGAGCAGACAGCGACCCAAAAAAGAAACCCUCUUUUAGGUCCAUCAGUACCACCCUGGCCUCCAGCAUCAAGAGACGUAGGUCCUCCAAAGACACGCAAUACCCACCCACAGACAUUACGGGCCAACUCAACUUGUCCGACCCGUCUGUCAGCACGGUGGUGUGAGGCAGAGAAAGAGGGAGAGUUUAACAUAAAGACAUGCUCAUUCUUUAGAGACAAACAAGAUGGAACUAGAGGGGAGCGUUGUAGUACCGCUCCUCUAGGUUUUGCACAAUGGAUCCAUCAUGGACGAAAACUACUGAGCCACUUCACCUUUAUGAAGAGCCAAUGGGACCUGUUGGGACUUGAUGGUGGACUGCAAGGGAUGGCAUGACACUGCAAUGCACUGGAGCACUGCGAACACACAGACCAUAAAAACACAUUUUGAUGCUAAAAUUAGUAUACACUAUCAUUCCAUCCAUCAGUACGUCUUCUGUAUAAAUUCUUUAUCAUUAUGUAGAAAUAUUUCUUAUUAGUAUUAGUGCUUAUUCUUAUGUUGAUAAAGUGGUUUAAGUAUUGUACAGUAUAAUUUAGAACAAAGAACGAAACAUUUCAUGUCGCAAGGCCGAUUCUACGGCCAUUAUUUAGAGAAUUAACUAGUUGUAGUACGUAUGAAAUUUAUUAUAUUCAUCAUUUACAUACAGUAUGAUAUUUAUCUUCUUUAGAUUUUUUAUUGUUUUAUUUGCUUUCUGUUCAUUGUUUUUCAUUCUUUGUCUAUAUAAUCUAUAAAGCAAAAUGUCAGCCAAUCAAGAACAUGAUCUGUGCUGUUUCAAAUAUCAUUGUCUUUUAUAUUCUAACAUCCCUUUGCAUGUAAUAUGCAUGCAAUUUUGUCCCUAAAGGAUUAUGGACAAGAAAAAUAUAUAGUACCCCCACACC